AUGUGGAAUUCAUAUCAAUUUAUUCCAACUCCUGGUUCCUCCUCAUCUGAUCUUUAAAAAUAUGGUAAAUUAAUCCCUUAAUUGUAGAUAGAUGCACUCAUAAAGGAAAAAAAAAAAAAAAAUUUUAUGAUAGCUCAAAACUUGAAUUUUGGAUUUACAAGAAAAUUAAUUGUGAGCUAUAUAAUAGUGUGGUUAUUCAAAAUCAGAAAGAAUUUUAUAUAUGA